AUCACAGGCACUGGCAAAAGAGUUGAGCUGCACAACACUCGGGUUUUUCGUUAUUCCUGCCGAGGACGACGUUGUCAAAACCGGAAUUUAUGGCUGCCAGGAAGUAGUAGUAUCGGCGGGGAGAUAUUCGGCGUUUGAAAGGAAAAUUGGCUGCAUCCCCAAGAUACCCUGUGGCGGCGUCUGAAUCAGCAAGUUCUGGAGCUCUCAGACCGAAAACACCCAUGACAACAAGGAGCUGAGGAUCCAGGAGUAGGUGCUCUGUCCUUCAGCAGCUGGGACUCCAUGGCUGCUGGUGCUGCCGCUUGAUUCACUGCACUGUCCAGUAUCCGACACAUUUGAGGAUUGGAUAGUGUUUAUCAGUGUUGAACUACUCUCAGUUCCUAUAGCCUGUAGCUUGAUGGAGGGGUUUCCUGUCCACUGACCCAGCAGGCUGCCUCACGGGACCAGCAGCCAUGUCCGCUUGCAGCACUUUCACCGAACACGUGUGGAAACCAGGCGAGUGCAAGAACUGCUUUAAACCUAAGAGUCUGCACUCUAUGUCACAGAGUGUUGGAAGGAAGGCUCCCUCAGAGCAGAGGCCUCCUACAAUUCAGCAGCAGAAUCCACCCCCUGCUGGGGCCAGAGCCAACACUAACCUAACCAUCCACUCCCAGAGAGCUGGCAGUGGUUCUUCCCGCACAGGACACUUACGUCCCCCAGUGGCUAAGAAGCCAACUAUUGCGGUUAAGCCCACCAUGAUGCUGCCCUGCGCCUCUGCAGGACUGGAUUCAGAUGGGAACUUACAGCGACCACCAAAUUUUAUAGAACAAGGCAAAACAUCAGCCUUCAAAGUUUGGAAUCGCAAUGGGCUGAACCGUAAGAGGCCAGGUGGGCCCAGCAACAACAACGAAGGAGAGGAUGGCAGUGAGGAGAUUGAAGGUUAUGGACAACUUAGCUCCAGGACCCCCAGUGGAAAUAACAACAGUGGACUCGCAGAUGUUCUAAAAGAAAUUGCUGGGUUAGGCCCAGGCCUUAGCCCCAUGCACCCUUCUGGUUCCAAGGACUUAUUUUGGGGACGUAUUAGUACUUCAUACCGCCGGUCCUUGGAAAGAGGCCUUCCAGCCUCAAGCUGUCUCGCCAUGGGGAGCAGCGGUUGUGGUGGUGGUGGCACUCCUCACAAACGGGUAUCCCUUAGCGAUAGCUCUGAGGUCAUCAGCACAGAGGGUGGUCGCUAUUGCUACCCUGAGUUUUCCAGUGAAGAGGAUGACGAAGAGGAUGAUGACGAAGAGACUGAAAGGGAUGAUGAUGAUGAACAUGAAAGCUGGGAUGAAAGUGAUGAAGAGUUAUUAGCCAUGGAGAUCCGUAUGCGAGGCCAACCACGCUUUUCAAUUUUCCGCGCCGCUACAUUGUCUCCGGUGCCCUUCGCUGCAGGGAAAAAGUGGAAUACUGUGCCACUUCGCAACCGCUCACUACAGCGGAUCUGUGCAGUGGACUAUGAUGAUAGCUAUGAUGAGAUCUUGAAUGGAUACCCAUCCCUGGACUCCAAUGGAGCUCUUCUUCCCUAUGUGACCCAUGACAUGCAAGGCAGUGGGUUCCUAUCAAAUUCAGAGUGUACCACCUCUCCAGAAUCAUCGUCUUCGCUACCAGAAGAUUCUCGAACAACUUCAAGCAGUGGGAGCAGUGCUCCCUUUGCUCUUCGAAAUGGCUUGCAUUCUCCCAUAUCUCCUAAGGCACCUGUCCCCUGCACUUCGCCUCUAAAAAAGGAGCCCGUCCAGAAAGCACUGAGUCCCCUCAAGGUGACUGAAACCCACAAGGCUGUCCUGGCCAUUAGGUUAGAAGACCAGGAAGGCAGAGAAGGCUCGCCUAUGCCCCAGGCCCUUCCAGGUCAACCAGUCACCAUCAGUUUUAGUCCCACAGAGGAGCAGGCUAAACCAUACCGUAUAGUGAAUUUGGAAAAAUCACUUAUCUGUAAGCCUUACACUGUAGUGGAUGUGUCAGCAUCCAUGGCGAACAAAGUAGAGCAGACUUCAGACUCUACUCCCAAACUCAAAAACCUGUCAAUGCCUACCAGCCCCACAUCAUUCUGUAGCACUCCUAAAGGUCAGCCCCUCUCUCCAACCUCCCCACUUUCUCCUUCUGCACCUGGGAUGGCAACAUCACCCACAUCUGUAGGUCUGCCAGGUAACUCCCGGAAGAAAUCAGGGAACAUACGAUACCAAGAAGUGUGGACAUCAAGCACAAGUCCUCGCCAAAAGAUACCUAGAGUGGAUCUAGGGGUUAGGAAUAAUGCUGGCCCCUCCAUCCCUACUCAACACUGCAGCCACAAGUCAGCUCCCACCUCUCCCAUCGCUGGGCUAUCUUCUUCACGAACUGUCCCUGUGAAGUCCUCCAACUUCUCAGAGAUUAAGUUUAACAGUUUCAAUAAUGCAGGCAUGCCUCCUUUUCCUAUUAUUAUUCGAGAUGAACCCGCUUAUGCCCGCAGCUCCAAGAAUGCCGUUAAGGUACCUAUUGUUAUCAAUCCAAGUGCAUAUGAUAACCUAGCUGUGUACAAGAGUUUCUUGGGAGUCAGUGGGGAAAUCCCACAGCCAAAAGGGGGGGGCAGUAGGGUAGCCAGCCAUACCUAUGAAGAGAUUGGAUCCUCUGAGAGCGUCCAGUCCUCCUCAAUGGAGAAAACUAUCCCUGGUAGAGGCACAUCAGAGCGAGCCUCUGUUGAAGAGAAAAAACCUCCAGCUGAGGCAGCGUCAAAAGCCCCAAAUGUACAACCUAGAACCACUACAGACUCUAGCACUGUGACAAGCCCUGUAGUGAGCUCCAUCGUUGGGGCCCUCUCGCCCACUACACAUACAAAUUCCCCUGCAAUUCUUGCCAAUACUGCAAACCUACCUAAAGCCAGCCCAACUGCCAAUGCUGUUACACAUACUUGCAAGACAAGUGGAGAAAAUAAAGAUGAUCAUACAGACUUAGCUUUGUCCUCUGGGGCAGUAGUAAGCAAAAGGGAGGAGGCCAGUGCUGUGCUUUUACAGAUUGUGGCUUCCAUUCAUCCUCCCCAGUCGCCUCCAGAGUCGCCAUCCGCACAAGUCAACACCGACGGUUCUGAGGAGCUGUACGCCCUCCCACCUGAUGCCAUGAAGGAGACGCUCACCCGACCCAAGUCUCUCUUUUCCACAACUGAUGGUUGUCUGUCCAAACCCAAGAAGGACACGCCCACCAAAGUGUUAUCUAAAUCCCAGAGUGCCUCUGCAGCUGUCCCACUCUCCAGCCCCCGGUCAGAGCCCAAUGCCCCCUUCCCUCCUCCUAGAUCUACGUCUUCCCCUUACCACGCAUCUAACAUCCUGCAAAGACAUUUUGGCAACUGGACCAAGAGCUCUGCCUCCAGUUCUCCUGUGCGACCAGGUGAAGGUGAAGCGAGUCCAGGUGCAGAGGGGAGACGCGUUUCAAAUGAGAGCGCCAAACCCAAGCGCUGGAUCUCCUUUAAGAGCUUUUUCCGUCGGCGGAAAGACGAGGAUGAGCAGAGAGAGAGGGCGGAGAAAGAGAAGGACAAAGGGAAGCUCGUUGGGCUUGAUGGGACAGUCAUUCACAUUCUUCCACCACCACCAGUCCAACAGCACCACUGGUUCACCGAGGCCAAGCCAGAGGAUCCCACCCAGAAGCCGACAAUCAUCUUCACCUACAAACCAGAAAAUGGCAGCACCCCGGGUGAAGAAGAGGGAGAGCUACGAGUGGAGGAGUGCAGAGAAAAUGCGCUACCAACAUCUGAUGAGAGUAAGGAAUGCAGACCUCUGAGCCCCGGGCGCACAACACCCUCAAGUGAUGUCAUCAGCAAGGAUCUCAGCCAGGUCCCGGUCAGUAGCAGCGCUGCCAGGGAGGGGGGGCCCGGUGCCGCCUCCCUGUCUGCCAAAGUGAAUCUGGGGCUGCUGCUCGGGGACGGAGAAGAGGGCCCGGCCAACCAGGUUUCCACCGCAGCCUCAGCCAGUGAGGGCAGCGCCAGCCUCGGUGAGCCAGAGGACGACGGGAAUCACUCCCACCACUCCCACUCCCCCGCCUCCAGCCAAUGCAGCGCCACAUACAGCAACCUGGGUCAAUCCAGGGCCAACAUGAUCCCCCUGAAACAGCCACGAAACAUCAAAGCAUCCAACGAUACGUUAGCCUCCAUCGACCUGGACAGCCUUGCUGACCAGCCGGCCCUGAAGGCAACACCACCACCUCUACCCAAGAAGAACAUUCCCCGCUCCAACACCGAACCCAACCUCUUAGGCAAAGACUCGGUCCAGGGAGGCCUGAGGGCCCGGGCUGAGGCUCGACCUGGAGGCACCAACCUCAGUGUGGCCAACCCCAUCUACGACCUGGACUCCACCUGGGAGACGGCCAGCCAGAGCUCCUCUGUCAGCUCCGAGCAUCAUCGCGUCCAUGACCAGGAGAGCGGGGACUCUCUGGAGAGGCCGUUAGCUGCUACCAACAAGGUCCGCCCGACUAACAGCGUGUCCUCCCUGGUUCCUCAGCAUGCCUCUGCUGCACCCAGCGCCACGUCGGGCAGAGAGAGGCGGGCCUACCUGAGCACGGAGUCUCUGGCCGGGAGGGGUCGCUCAGCGGGUCGAGGUGCUACCGCCGGAGCCUCUAAAACCCCGAGACCCGCUCUAUACCGGGGGCUGGACAGCUGGGAUGAGGUGGUGGGGAGGAUCCGGGGGCUCCACAUGGACACGCUGAGGAAGCUGUCGGCAAAGUGCGAGGACCGGUUCAUGGCCGGUCAGAAGGACCACUUGAGAUUCGGUACUGACAGCUGGUCUCACUUCAGGCUGACCACCGGGAGACCCUGCUGCGAGGCGGGGGACGCUGUGUACUACACCGCCUCCUACGCCAAGGACCCGCUGGUCAACUACGCCAUCAAGAUCUGUCGGAGCAAAGUGAAGGAGACCCAGCAGCAGUUCUUCCACAGCCUGGCUGUGAGGCAGAGCCUGGCCGUGCACUUCAACAUCCAGCAGGACUGUGGACACUUCCUGGCUGAUGUCCCCGGCCGCCUGCUGCCCUGGGAGGAGGAGGAAGGUUCGGAGGAGGAAGAGGACGACGCGGAAGAUGUAAACGGGCAGAAAGAGAAAGACAUUGAGAGUGUUACUAAGACAACAGACUCCAAAGCUCCAAACGGUAAAUUAGAUGAAACCCCAGCAGCGGGUCACAUGAACAGUGUGGGCCGCUUGAGGAGUCGGGUGGUGGUGAUCACCCGUGAGGUGCCCUUCCAGACGGUGGCCGACUUUGUCCGUGAGGGCGUGGCACGACACACUCACAACCCGGAGCUGUACGAGCGGCAGGUCUGCCUCCUGCUGCUGCAGCUGUGCUCUGGCCUGGAGCACAUGAAGCCGUAUCACGUGACGCACUGCGACCUGCGGCUGGAGAACCUGCUGCUGGUGCACUGCCAACCUGGCAACCCCUGGAACACGGACCCCCUGGAACCCAACAACAACAACAGCAGCAGUGGUGGGGGGAGUGGUUCUGGGGCUGCCGGUGCCGCUGCUGCUGCCGCCAACGCCACCUGCCCCGCCCGCCUCAUCAUCAGCAACUUCUCCCAAGCUAAACAGAAAGCCGCUCUGGUGGCUUCAGACCCCGGAACGCUGCGGGAUCAGUCUCGCCUGGCUCCUGAAAUCGUCACCGCGACUCAGUACCGCAAGUGUGACGAGUUCCAGACGGGGAUCCUGAUCUAUGAGAUGCUGCACCGGCAGAACCCCUUCGAGGAGACGCCGGAGCUGAAGGAGCGCGAGUACACGUGGGCCGACCUGCCGCCACUGCCCGUCCGCUCGCUCUACUCCCAGGGCCUUCAGCAGCUCGCCCGGCUGCUGCUCACCGUCAACCCCUCAGAGAGGAUCCGCAUGUCGGAGGCCCGGGCCUGCCUGCAGUGCCUGCUCUGGGGCCCUCGGGAGGACUUGUUCCAAGCGCUGGGCUGCAGCAGCACCGGCCCCAUGUCGGGGGCCACUUCCAGCCAGCGCGAGGCCACCCUCCAGAACUGGCUGGACCUGAAGCGGACGCUGAUGAUGAUAAAGUUUGCGGAGCGCUCGCUGGACGCGGCGUGCGGCGUGAGCCUGGAGGACUGGCUGUGCUGUCAGUACCUGGCCUUCGCCUCCACGGACACGCUGAGCCGGGUGGUGCACAUCCUGCAGCAGCCGCAGCCACACCCCCAAUCCCAGAGCCAUCAAACACAGACCCUCCACCUGACACAGCCACUCUGAGCUCCUCCAGCCAGCUGUUACUAUGGCAACAGAUCCAACUUCCCCCCACCCGUGUGAUGUAAGCGUACAGUCAGCUCUGUUGUUGCAGUGCUCACAUUAAACUCCUGGGCUGUGUGUGUGUUUGCUUCAUGGACACAUCGCUCCACAGUGAGGCAUUCACAUCCGUCACCAUCACGGUUAUUCUGAGCGCUCAUUAGCAACAGCGGGACAGUUCAGAGUCCCGCGGAUGAAGUGGCUGUCUGAAACUGAAACUUUAUUAGCACGUUGACGUCAUCCUGGCUCCUGACUCCUCUUCUUUACUCACUUCCUCUGUUUCUUUAGCCCAUCACAUCUCACGUGUUCAAACGCUAAAAGUUCCAGAUUGAAGAGAUUUGCCAAACGUGAGAUUUGCCGUCUCUAUUCCAUCAAAUGGAAUAAAGUAGGGAUUACAUUUUGUUACACAUCAAUACUCUAGACUUGAAAAAGCAUCAGAAAUUGAGAUAGAGUGUUUUCAGAAGAAGACAAAGAGAGGACAUUUCAGAUUAACUGCGGGGGAAAUCAGAGAGACACAUAAAAAUGAAAUUAGUUUUACCACUGAAGCCAAAGAUCUGCCACAAAUCCUCCACUUAGAUCAGAGAUGCUUUAACACAUUUAUACAAGAGAGGUUCAUUUCAGUUUGUUACAUAAUGCAGUCUGACAUCAUUACAGUAACUAUGAUCUAUUUUAGCCCCAAAAGUUGAACAGCCGAGACUUAAAUCAGUGAAAUGUCGUUCUUUACACUCUGAGUGAGGGAGGUGGUUAACACUGAGCUCAUUUUGGCUUAUGUUUCAAACACUCCGAAGUGAAAAUGGGACACAACUUGGGAGUACGUGCAAUGACUUUCUUUGUUUAUUUCCUUUGGAGAUAUGAACAUCUUUUACUAAUCUUCCAUUAGUUCUGUGGCACAUAAACUGAUCCAUUUCCUGCAACGGACUUCUUACAGUGGAUGGGAGACGGGGUGGGGGUGGGGGGAUGUUUCAGGGACUGCGGAAUAAAGUGUUCUUUUGUCUGUUGCGUUGUUUUUCUCAAGUUGUUUUCGGACGGUUCUGCGUUUACAGAUGACAUUUGCACAUGUGGGUGUGAUCGCCGGCGCCCUUCGAAGGAGACUGAAUACACGAGGAGAGUGCAGGAGAAAAAAACGUUGAAUUUGAACUGGAUUUGUUUUGCAGCGCGUGGAAUGUAAACGUUUUUGCGUGGACUGACACCGACUUUUUUUUGGACCUGGUCUCAUCCUCACUCACCUUCCAGCUGAACCACUUAGAAAGAAUAAUCAUCCAGAGACACUCAACCACUGAGACUCACUUCCAUUCCUCCUGCCUAGUUUCCCGGCCCUUUUCCUUUGUAUCCUGCCAAUAGGACAAGAAUGAUGCUCACUUCCUGUCACUCAACGGACUUUAAUUAAAUGUGCUCGGUGUUAUAGAUCAGUACCUUUCAGCUUCAAUGGAUCCUGAACGCAAACCUCUGCUUCACCAUGAAAACAAGUCAUUUAAUCCACCUUUUACUGUGGGUUAAGAUGAUAAAACAGCUUACAUCUAAUCAGUACUUGGUGUUCUUUUCUCUGCAGCUUUUUUAGCUUGUCGAUGUUGGGGAAAAGUACGACACGAGACUACACGGUCCACAGGGCGUAAAUGAGACAGAGCAGGUGUGAGUUUGUUGCUGCAUUUAAAGGUUUUGUGUACUAAGGAAUGUGUGUGGACGGCACUGGUGGCUGUCCUUGUAUCUAGAGAUUUAAGCCUUUAUAUAGUAUAUAUAGUUUAAAUAUAUAUAACCUUUAUCUAUUUUAAUCCACACACUAUUUUGUCGCGUACGGAGCACCUCUAUUUCUGUCUUCUAGAGAGCCUAAUUACCAUUGUAUUCAUUUUUAAAGCUUGACUUUCUCCAACCUCGCUCGUUUUGAAGGGAGGGAAAUCAAUGUCCGACACAAAGGAUACAUAAAACAAUAUUAUUCUUCAAACGCAUCACAUAAAGAACUAUGUACAGUAUUUUUAGCCCUCUUGUAAAGCUUAGGAGAUGAACCACUUUGGAAAGAGGCUGGAGAAUGACUUUUGAACGCACCAUUUAAAAAUCCGACAUCAUCAACGCUGCCUGUUCUCUCUUCAUCGUUAAACGCCACUGAUUAGAAAAACUAAGGCUUUCUUUUAAAAUGUGUACAGUUUGUCUCCUGGCCUGCCUCCAUUUAUUGUUGAUCAAGUUAACCAACAGUAACAGAACAAUAAAUAUAUGUUUUUAUAAAUACA